AUCUGUUGUCGGUACUUUAAUUGGCUUCUGCCUUUAUCUUUUUCAGUAGUAACUAUCACAGUGACUUAAAAUACUCAUGCUUAACAAAAGUUGACCUCCUUGCCCCAAACUAGGCUGCGGAGCUGGGCUUUCCCCAAUCUCAAGGUCCCCGGGUCUCCAAAAAGUGAGCAGAUCGGUGAGGGCCUAUCGGCCCCUAGGUGGAGCAAUUCGCGAAGGCCUGGUGGCCCAGCAGCGCGCGCUCAGUGGGAGAGGACGCUGUGGAGAAGUGGAGCGGCUCCUCUCCAUCUUGCGCCCAGAUGCUGCGUGUCCUGACCAGCGCCCUGAGCCUAACGCGGCCCUGGAGGCCCCCUGGGGCCCGCAGCAGCGCCUCGGAUGGAACGGCCCGGGACCCGGAGAUCCAAGUGCGCGCCCUGGAGGGUCCGGACAAAGGAAUCACCGAGAUUAUAAUGAACAGACCGCGUGCUCGCAACGCCCUGGGAAACGUCUUCGUCAGUGAGCUGCUGGAAGCUCUGGCUCAGCUGCGGGAAGACCAGCAAGUGCGUGUCCUGCUCUUCAGAAGUGGAGUGAAGGGUGUGUUCUGUGCAGGUGCAGACCUGAAGGAGCGGGAGCAGAUGAAUGAGGCUGAGGUGGGGGCCUGUGUCCAGCGGCUCCGAGGCCUGAUGAAUGAGAUUGCGGCCUUCCCUGCACCCACCAUUGCUGCUAUGGAUGGGACUGCCUUGGGUGGAGGCCUGGAACUUGCCCUGGCUUGUGACCUCCGAGUGGCAGCUUCCUCUGCUGUCAUGGGGCUGAUCGAGACCACCCGAGGGCUCCUCCCAGGAGCAGGAGGGACUCAGAGGCUGCCUCGAUGCCUGGGGGUGGCCCUGGCAAAGGAGCUCAUCUUCACUGGCCGACGACUAAGUGGGGUGCAGGCCCAGGCCCUGGGGCUGGUGAAUCACGCUGUGACCCAGAACAAGGAGGGCAAUGCAGCCUACCACCGGGCACGAGAACUGGCCCAGGAGAUCCUGCCCCAGGCCCCCAUUGCUGUGCGGCUGGGCAAAGUGGCCAUUGACCGAGGAAUGGAGGUGGACAUAGCAUCAGGGAUGGCCAUUGAAGGGAUAUGCUAUGCCCAGAACAUCCCCACCCAGGACCGGCUAGAGGGCAUGGCAGCCUUCAGGGAGAAACGACCCCCAAGAUUUGUGGGCAAGUGACUCCCACUUAAUCUCUAACAUGGGAGAUGCAUACCUUGAAGUGCAGGAUCCAAAAGGAAAAUUUACAGCGUGACUGCCCUCAUUAUUUCACCUCUCUGGGCUUCGAUUUCCUCACAAGGACAAUGACGGAUAUAAAACAAUUGAUAUGGUGCCUGGUACUAAGGUGCUGACCAUGCCAAAGACCACUACCUUCAUCAUUCAUCCUGGCUAGCUAAUAACUGGGGUCAUGUUUGCUUGGAGAAUACCUGUCUCCCUAUUUGAAUGAUAAACUAAGAAUUAAAAUGGACUCCUCUGGGUUUUUGUAUUGUUGGCUCUCAGGCCUGACCUCUGCCUUUAAGUUAUAAGGUACUCACCAGAAAUGGCAAGAGGUUGUAAGAUUCCUACCCCCCACCCCGGUUUCUAACUGUGCAGUUGAGGUCAUAAAAAAACCCUGAUAGGUGAGUAGGUGCCAGCAAUCAGGCUGCAGAUUCCAGCUCUCUGCCAAUUACUCACUGUGUGCCACAGCUUCCUCAUCUUCAAAAUGAAACUGUUGUGAGGAUCUUUUUAAAAGUAAAAUGCCUCAUGUUCAAUA